AUGAUAAACGACGAGCAAACUUCUUUACUUCACUCUAAUAAAAAAUCGUAUCACCCUGGUUUUACAAUUUGGCGUAGAUGGCAUGUUCGCUUUGCUGCUGUUGCUAUUUUUAUGUCAAUAAUUAAUGUUCUAUUUGCUAGUGGACAAUCAAUUGGUUUAGUAUUAUUUCUUGGAAGUUUUAAUGGACUUACAGGAGUAUAUUUUGUUCUUUUCUUUUGUUCACUUUCAUUUACAAUAGUAUUCAGUUUAUUAUCAGUAUGGUUUGGUUUUAAAAAACAAAUAACACGUUCAAUGGUUGCAUUUCGUUGGAUAAAAUUCAUGCUUUUAGUUGGUGUUUUUGAUGCUGCUAAUGGUUUUUUAAUCGUAUUUAGCUCACAUGGUAGUCGUGUACCACCAGCAUUAUCAUCAAUUCUUAUUCAGAUAAUAAUUCCAUUUACAUUUAUUUUUUCAAAAAUACUUUUACCGAAAACAUAUCAUUGGCGUCAUAUAUUAAGUGUAUCUGUUGUAUUAGUUGGUAUUGCAUUUAGUCUUAUACCAACAUUUAAACGUAUGCAUGAUGGUACAACACAAACAGAAUUAAAAGAUGGUUGGUAUUGGCCAUUUAUAUUUAUAUUCGGAUGUAUACCUGGUGCUUUAAUGAAUAUUAUUCAAGAACAAUUACAAAUGAAAUAUACUCAAGAAGCAAGAGAAAAUCAAAGAACAAUUACAAGAUUUUCAGUUAUGUAUUUUCAAGCUGUUGAAUCAACAUUUCAAUUUGCUACAAUUGCAUUAUGUUUUGCACUUGAUUUAGUACCAAAUUUUGGUACAUCAAAAGAUAUUACGUCAUUUUGGAGUUCAUUUUCAAAGGGUUUUAAAUGUUUUUUUAAUGAUAGUAGUCUUGGUAGUGAUAAUCGUUGUAAUUAUGCAGGUGGUACAGGUGCUUUAUUUAUUAUAUCAUAUUUAGGAACAUAUAUAACAAGUACAUUUCUUACUGAUCAUGUAUCUGCAAAUUGGUUAUCAAUUUUAUCAUCGAUUUCACCAUUAAUAUCAACAUCAUUUUGGUUUAUUUUUCCUGCAAUUAAUAAAUGGGCUGGUGUAGGAGAUAUGACUGGUUGGGAUAUUGGAUUUAGUCUUGGUGCUUUACCAAUUAUUUUAAUUGGAAUGUUUUUCUAUCGAGGUGGAGGAACAGAUAGAAAAACAGAGGAAAACGAUCAUUUUAUCGAUGAACAUCCUGUAGAAUUGUUUUGGUAG